CAGAUACAGUUAUGAUUCAACCUUUGCGGUGGCUACAUCGAUUGUCGAAUGAAACUGAAACUGAAAGUGACUCUUUGUUUUAUAAAAAAACAUUUUUCGUGCGACUAUCCCGAUCCGAUAUUUCGUAUAGAAUAUACAAAUUGAUUCUUUAUUAUUGCUAAAAAUAAGAACAUUGUCAAAUGAAUCUCUUAAAGACGAAAACUUCAGUACUUAAUCGAAACUAAAAGAGAAAAAAGAUUGUAAUUGUAAAACAAUUUGUUUGCCUCUAAAAAUUAUAAUUUUAAAACAUGUCCAUUCUAAUGGCAAGUUAAAGCGCCAAUUAUGUAAACGAUGUUAAAUUGUUUGAAAGUUGUCAUUUCGUUUCCAUUCGUAAUGUUUUGAAGUUAUUUGUAAAACGAUAAACGUUCUUCUAAUUGUAAGAGGGUUAUAGUUUCUGACUGCAUUUUAAAAGAAAAGAAAAAACGUAUUCUGUUGUCAUACGGGAACAUCAUUCCGGCGUUGCAUCGUUAGUUAAGCGAGUCAGUGAACUGUCUACGGGGAAUAUUGUUGGUGGUUACUUAACGUAUCGCAGUAGAAAGUCGACGAUUGUCACGACCGAAGCAGCCUUUCGUAUUACUGCUUUUAUUUCAAAGGUUUGCGAAGAUAAGUUACUACGAGGCGGCAUCGGGGGCGCCGAAUAACACGACGUUUAAACACGGCGCUAACGGUACCGUUGCCAUUUGAAUCUAUGGAUCUCGUCGAAGUGUUCGGUAAUAUCUUUUUUCACGGCAAUCGAAUCGACGCGCUGCAACAAAGUUUACAAUGUAUAUACAUAUAUGAUUAAACGAAAUAGGAUAAACUGUGAUUGAAAUCAUGGCAAGAAGCAGUUGAGAUCAUCCAUGCUCUUUGUUGACUGGUAAAAACGUACCAGUAUUUUUUUUUUCUUUUUUUUUAUUUAUUUAUUUCGGUGGAAAGAAAUAAAUAUCAUCAUCGCGUGUUCCACGACUGAAAAAAAAAAUGGAUGGCUUCGUUGAGAUUUUCCUUUUUUUCGGAGUCCUCUUCUAUUUUUUCAACUACAGAGCUCCCAGCAUGGUUGAUAUACUUUCAACGCGUUUACAAGAGGUAUACGCGAAAUGGGAGACCAGGACCGAAGUAAGGCGAAAUACAGAAUCAUCCACCACUCGAUUCUCGUUGGACGAACUUCGUCGAGCUGGACAACAAUUGCAUAGGAAAAAGAUACAAGACAGGGAGCAAGCAAGAAAGAUACGCGAAAACUCUCUGUAUAAAAUCAAAGAAACCGAGCCAUUGGCUCCACUUGUUAAAGAAAAAUCUUCCUAUCUACAUUACUGUUGCAGCAAUUGCACUCCAUCAUCUAGAAAUUCAUUGGUAAAUACUAUUAACAAGCAACAUAUGCCAUUUGGUUUAAAUAUAUUGAUAGUUAAUCCAGGCUUGUCAUUGUUUUCUAAAGUGUUUCAUUGUAUUUCACAUAUUUAUAGUUGUAAAGAGUAUGAUUACCCAAGGAUAACAGAAACGGUCCUUGCAGAUGAAAGAUUAAAGGAAGCAAUCAUAUUAACUGCUUCAGAAACUGUUAGCAAUGAAGGUGUUAGGGAAAACGUAGCCUUGGCGAAGGCACAGGAAAGAGCAAAAACUAUAUUAUAUCAAAUGGAAAGCAGAUUAAGCAAUAUUUUACUUAAAAUAACUUCAUGGAUUCUUUAUAAGUUAUUGCCAUGUUUUAUACAAUCUGCAGUAGUAUUACCUUCUCAAAUAGAGAUGCUGAAGAAAGCAAACGAGACUGGCCUUCCUUUGAUAUUGGUUCCUUUACACCGAAGUCAUUUAGAUUAUAUUAUGAUCAGUUUCAUUCUGCUAACAAAUAAUAUUAGAGCUCCAUUGAUUGCAGCUGGUGAUAAUCUGAAAAUUCCGUUUUUCGGGUGGUUUUUACGAGGCUUAGGCGCAUUUUUUAUAAAACGCCGAAUUGACCCCAUUGUAGGCCGCAAAGAUGUUCUUUAUCGCGCUACUCUUCAUACAUACGUAAUGGAAAACUUACGAGCGGGUCAUAACAUAGAAUUCUUUAUAGAGGGUGGCCGUACAAGAACUGGUAAACCAUGUAUGCCAAAAAGUGGCAUUUUGAGUGUUAUCGUUGAUGCAUACAUGGAUGGAAUUAUUGAAGAUGCACUACUAGUACCCGUUGCAAUGAAUUAUGAACGUCUCGUGGAUGGAAAUUUUGUUAGAGAACAGUUAGGUCACCCAAAGAAAAUGGAAACUUUUAGCUCCACGAUUCAAGGUAUAUGGUCAACCUUAAGGGGCAAUUAUGGUAUUGUUAAGGUUGAUUUUUGUCAACCGUUUUCACUUAGGGAAAUGUUAAAAUCUUUUCAAAAUCAACAAAACAAAUUAAUUGGAGGAAAAACAAUGCCGUCUGAAAAACCUUUGAAAUACACAGUGUCGAGUUCAUCGCUUUAUGGUACAGACAUCAUUAUGGAAGAAUAUCGGCAGUUAGUUGAUAGUAUUGCACGGCACGUUGUACACGAUUCUGCCUGCUCGAUGCCGAUAAUGUCUACCAACGUUGUUGCAUUCUUACUCUUAAAUAAAUUUCGAGAUGGUUGUACUCUGGAUAAAUUGGUUGAAGCGUUUCAGAUAAUAAGACAGGAUUUGGAAUCUCGUCAUCAUGAUAUUGCGUUCUGUGGUGAAAACAUUGAUAUUAUAAAUCAUGCACUUGAUAUUUUAGGUCCAGGUUUGGUAAAACAACAACGACAAGAAAUUACGGAAGCUGUUAGUGGUCACCCAGUCAAAUCAAAUAAUGUGAUUGCGAUCCGUCCUGAAUCGAUUUUACCAAAUGUAAUCGAAUUAUCCUAUUACAGUAAUACAAUGCUUGCGUGUUAUGUUAUAGACAGCAUAGUAGUAACAGCUUUGUAUGCUGAAUUGCACUCACAAAUCAAUGACCCAGUUGCUAUCGCGGAAAAUAACAUUACAGUAUCUCAAAAUCGUUUAAUUCAAAAUUCUCUUAAACUUUGUGAUAUUUUUAAAUACGAAUUUAUUUUCUGCAAACCAUGCCAAGAAUUGGAGCUCAUUAUUACGGAAGCUAUUCAAAAUUUGUCACAUACAGAGAUCAUUACUUCACAAGAGGAAUGUUGUUUACAAGAAGAAUUAUGGAGUAGAAGGUACGCGCAAACUUUCGACGAUAGUUCAGACGAAGAAUAUUAUAAUACAAAUAGGAGUAGAAGUAUUCAAUAUAAAUUGAGUUUAGUACCAGAACACGCCGAACGUAUGGAAUUCCUUCAUAUGUUAUUACGACCGUUAGUUGAUACGUAUACUUUCAGUGCUUUUACUCUUAGAAAGUUAGUAGGCCGAUCAUUAUCUGAAGGAGAUUUAAUUCAUGAAGUUUUAAAUGAACUGAAAACGAAUUUAGAUCGUGGUAUUGUAAACUAUGGUGAGAGUUUGUGUGUUGAUCCAAUAAAAAAUUCUUUAAAAUUGUUUGAAAAAUGGAACGUUUUGGAAUGUCACCCACAAGAAAAUGUUAAAAUUUGUUACUUGAAAGAUGAGUACGAUACAGAUUCAGCUGUAACGAAAAUCUAUGAUACUGUAGCUGCUUUUAAGUGGACUAGAAACAUACAUUGAAACUUAUAUAUUUCUGAGAAAAAAAAUCUUUACAACGUACUACUUUUUACAUGGAAGAAACCUUGUUAUAAAACUUUGUACAUACUACUUUAUAAGUUGUUUUUGACAACUAAGCUUUCGUGAAUAGCUAUACAGUCAUAAUGUUGUACAGUUGGACUUAAUCUGUUAGUAAGUACGAAUUCUAUACAAAAUGAUUAAUGUGAUAUUAUCUUACAUUAAUGAUAAAAUAU